AUGUUUGACGUUAUCGCAAUGUUGCCAUGUACUUACACGGAGUUUCCCAAUAAUGAUUCAAAGAAUAACGGCGAAAAAUAUGAUGGACGUCGUGCUGAUGUUUGGUCUUGUGGCGUCAUUCUUUACGCGCUGCUUGUUGGUGCUUUGCCGUUCGACGAUGAUAAUCUACGACAAUUACUCGAAAAGGUGAAGCGAGGAGUCUUCCAUGUUCCUCAUUUUGUGCCGCCUGACUGUCAGCAACUGCUGCGUGGUAUGAUUGAAGUAAACCCUGAGAAGAGAAUGACGUUAGCAGAGAUAACGCGCCAUCCCUGGGUGACAGCUGGUGGAAGAGGGGAACUAGAACAAGAAUUACCCAUGAUGGAAGUAGUUCAGACGAGGGUUUUACCUUCAAUAGAAGCUAUUGACCCAGAUGUCUUACAGGCUAUCUGUAGUCUUGGCUGUUUCAAACAUAGAGACAAGCUUAUUCAGGAUUUGUUAAGUCCACAUCACAACACAGAAAAGGUUAUAUACUUCCUGCUCCUGGAACGCAAGAGACGGAGACCAGCUCGUGAUGAUGAGCCCCGACCCCCAGCUCCUGCAACACCCUCAGAUCCUCCUAGAAAACGACUUGAUACUUGCCGGGUAAAUGGACAGUCAGCGCAUUUUGGUCAAAUCAGUGAAGGUUCACCCAUCACGCCAAGACGGUCGCAGUUUAGAUCGGCGUCCAGUCGCCGGAGUGAAGGGAGAAGUUCGCCUCAACUUUCUGCGAGUCCUCCGGGUCAUACACCACAUCGUGUGUCUUCACUAGGCGGCACCCCGGCGACGCCUGGCUCUCCUUUAGCGUCGCCGUCAAUACGUGAGCAUCAUCAUCAAAGGGCCAAUUCCACUGGGCCGACCAUAAGUUUAAAUAUCAGUGGCGAGCCAGGUGAAGCAGUUAUAAUAAUAAACGAAUCUCCCAUGAUGGCGUCCUCCGUGGCCGUCCGUCCGCACAGCCCCUCGCAAUCGCACAGGGUGCGUGAGAGGUCAUCUCUACCCGGACCUGGUUCGACGCAAACGCCCACACAGACUUCAUUAUUCCCCAACCUAGGUACCAUCCCAUCGGGCGCGGGCGCGGGCGCGGCGGGCGGCGCGGCGGCGCCGUGGCGGGCGCGCCUCGCCACCAUCAAGAACAGCUUCCUGGGCUCGCCGAGGUUCCAUAGGAGGAAAAUGCAGACAUCAUCAGAAGAAGUUCAUCUCACACCGGAAUCCUCUCCAGAACUCACGAAACGAUCCUGGUUCGGUUCUCUGCUUCUCUCCGCGGAUAAAGAGGAGACUUUCACCGCUUUGGUGAAGGGGAAACCCCUAGCUACUGUUAAAGCGGACUUGAUACAUGCUUUUUUGAGUAUAGCAGAGUUAUCCCACAGCGUGCUGAGCCCGAUGUCGUUCCGCGUGGAGUACAAGCGCGGCUCCAACGCGCCCGCCAUGUUCCAGAGACACGUGCGCUUCCAGGUGGACAUAUCGACAAUAACUAAAGCCCCGGGCGAGAAUGGCAAGGAAUAUUUGUAUGCCAUCACGUUCACUUUGCUAUCGGGCAACAUCCGGCGGUUCCGGCGCGUGUGCGAGGUGGUGCAGGCGGCCGUGUGCCGCGCGCCCGGCGCCGCGCGCGCGCACCUGCCGCCCGAGCCGCGCGCGCAGCGCCGCGCCAUCGCCAUCGCUGCAUCCGAAGUCCCGGACAGUCCUGAAACCCCCCACCAGCACUCGGACCAGGACAGCGACUCGUCCGUGUUCGACACCGUCAAGAGUCCCACCAGCCAUACUUCCAUCGAUCAGUUGGAUCAGAAUGGCACCCAUGCGUUAGGCUCUAGUUCAUCAGUCACGAGCGGCUCCAGCGGAUAUAAACAAGGCGUGCGCGGGCGUCGCGCGGCCGAGCCCGCCUCCGCCUCCCUCGACCACGAGAUCAUGAGCUGUGGACGCGACCUGCCCGGUACACACACAAAGCGUUCGUCAUCAGAAUGUAGGGAGACCACGUCGUCGCCGCGGCGUGGGCUCGAGUCCCGGGAUAGCUCCAUCAAGGACGAACUCAGGCGGAACAACUCGCUACGGGAUAGCCGCCGGGAUUACCGCGAUUACCCCCGGGAUAGCCCCCGGGAUCCCCCCACUUCCAUCGCG